AUGGCUACCCUUCGCUCCGUGUUCGUCCUCGCCUUGAUCCUCGUCUCCCUCCCCGCGCUCUACGCCGCGUCCGCGCCACUGCGGGGCGACGAUGCUGCUGCCAGUGGAAGCGCGGCCGUGGACGCAGCGGCGAGGUGGGGCCGCACGCUGCUGAAAGCGAGCAGCGGCUCCGCCGCAAGCGGUGCAGACGUGGACCAGGUGGGUGGCGCAGAGGAGGAGGUGGCCGCGGACGGGCUGGACGAGGCGGUGCAGGUGCUGCUGAGCUCGGAUUCGUGGAAGAGCGUCGUGGAUGGUAUGCGGAGGGAGAAGAAGUGGAGGGCGGCAGCCGGGGCGAAGGCGGGAGGCAAGGCGAAGAAGGGCGGUGUGGAUGGUGUCAAGGGUGCGGCGAGCGCGCACAGCAGCGGCAAGGGCAGGAAGGGCGCAGCGGCGAAGAUCAACUGGAAGAAGAUCCAGGAGGAGGCGAGGAACGCCGUGGUGAGCAAGGCGGGAGGGCUGGUGCAGAAGGGCGACGUCGCUGCUGGGGGAAGCGCAGGCGUGGGCGCGGCGAGGCGGGGCCGCAAGCUGCUGGAAGCGAGCAGCGGCGCGGCUGCAAGCGGUGCUGACGCGGACCUGAACCAGCUGGACGUGCACGUGCGUGGCAAGGAGGAGGAGGACAGGCUGGACGAGGCGGUGCGGGUGCUGCUGAGCUGGAAGAAGAUCAAGAACGGGAUCAAGAACGCGGCGGGCAAGGCGGGAGGGGUGGCGAAGAAGGUGGUGCAGAAGGGCGGCGUGGACGCGCUCAAGGCGGCGGCCAAGGGGUUCAGCAACGGCGGCUUGAAGGGCGCGCUCAAGGCCGGCGGCGCCUCGUUUGCUAGCACUGCGAAAACCAUGGCGGAGGCAUCGAAAGGCAUCCGGGCAUGGCGAUGGGGGCUGGGGGAGGAGCAGAGCAAGGUGAGGAAAGCUGGUGGUGGUGGGGGGGGAGGGGAUGGGGGUGGUGUGGUGGAGCAAAAGAAGCGGCGGAAUGAGGAAGUUUCGGAAGGGGAAGAGAAGGUCGGGUGGGGGAGGGGGAGAAGGACGGACGGGAAGAGAGAGGAGAGGGGGGGUGGGAGGGGAUGUGGUAUGGCAAGGAGAAAGAGAGUAGACUGUAAGAGAGAUAGAUAA